CCGUCAAUAUUCCGUCUUCCAUAAGUCUGUGCCUCGCAGAGUACCGACCACUGCUGCUUCAACUCCUUUUUCUUUCCCUCUCUGUACUGAGCUUCGUUCUCUCCGAAAUCUCAUACUUUUCUCUCUCUCCAUUUCCCUGAAGCUUUGUCUCGCUUCGACUUAGAAGAGCACACCGGUUCAAGAUCCGACUCGGAUUUCGCAUAUCGGAUUCAGGCAUUUCAUGUCUUAAAAUGAAGAUCAUCAUCGAAUAUUCGGCUUCAACCUAAAGAGUUUUUUUUUUUUGCCAUCUUUUGCUUUCGUCCGCCAUGGCCAUUAGAGGCGUUGAUUUCAAGUGGUACGACGGGUUCUUCUUGUCUAUGCUCGCGACGAGCGUAGUUAUUGUUGCGAUUAAUUGGAAGCGGUAUCAUACUUGUAAAUACCCAUUGCACAUAUGGAUCGUGGUGGAUUACACUACUGUGUUUGUUUUUCGCUUGUUGAUGUUUGUAGAUAAUGGACUUGCUGCUGGAAUGGGUUUGGAUUUUGGCUGGCAGCAGAGGUAUGCUCGUUUCUGCUGGAGGAUAGUGGUUCUUUCAAUUCUUUCUCUGAUCCUCUAUCCGUUUCUUUGGGCUUGGACCGUAAUUGGUACUCUGUGGUUCAAAAGCUCAAGAUACUGUUUGCCUGAAGAAGGUCAGAAAUGGGGGUUCCUUAUUUGGCUGCUGUUUAGCUACUGUGCACUGCUUUGCAUUGCUUGUAUGUCACUGGGGAAGUGGUUGACCCGAAGACAGGCACACUUAUUACGUGCUCAACAGGGGAUUCCAAUAUCAGAAUAUGGGGUUUUUGUGGACAUGAUCCGAGUUCCUGAUUGGGCAUUUGAAGCUGCUGGUCAAGAAACAAGAGGCAUGGGCCAAGAUGCUGCUGCGUACCAUCCUGGUCUUUACCUGACUCCAGCGCAGAGAGAAGCAGUGGAAGCUCUUAUUCAGGAACUUCCCAAGUUUCGUCUAAAGGCUGUUCCAACUGAUUGCAGUGAAUGUCCCAUCUGCUUAGAAGAGUUCCAUGUUGGCAAUGAGGUUCGGGGCCUGCCCUGUGCUCACAAUUUCCAUGUAGAAUGCAUUGAUGAGUGGCUGCGACUGAAUGUGAAAUGUCCUCGAUGUCGUUGCUCAGUCUUCCCAAAUCUUGACCUUAGUGCUCUGUCCAAUCUUCGUGCUGAAUCUGAACGGUCAUCCGUCAGUGUAGUGACAGCCAACCGGUAUGUAAGAGCCCAACCUUCCAGUCAGAGCUAUUUGUUGAGACUGCAAGGUCUGCUUCGCCCGGUCCGCACUGAAAAUGUAGGUGCAUGGAGGGAUACGGACACAUUGGAAACUGCUGAAAAUGGGGCUGCGUCUGUAACUGUGGUUGCUGAGGGUCCAAGCAUGGAGAUGGCAGCUUCUGAACGUGUAGUUGUCGGUCAGUCCACUCCACUUCAACACUAAACUAUUCAAGGAUUAUUUUUUUGGAAAAUUUUAACAUCAUCUCCUAACCCGGUUUUGUGAAAGCAAAAUGAUAAUCUGUCCAUAUCUGUUCAUAACAUGAAUGGUUCUUGUAGUGACCAUUGCAUACUAAGCUCUUAGCAAAAAUGUUUUGUAAUGAAGGAAAAUUCUUCGUUGCUCCACACUGUUAUAUGGAUUCAUGGAAAUGACACCUGGAAACUACAUCUGUGUUCUAAUUUUUGGUUAGCCAAUGUACAUUUAGCCUUGCCGUUA